UGUCGGGAGCCGCCAGGACGCGCCCAGGCCGUGACAAGGUCACGGCAUGAGAGAGGAACCUGCAAGGCAGCCCUUCCCCUCGGGGUUGCCCCGGGGGCCCAAUAUGUCCCCUUUCUCUUUCUGUCUUACUGUUGUUGGGUUUUCUAUUAAUUCUUGGGAAUGUAACAUAUAGUGAUCAGGCCUCCCUGGAAAAGCCCAAGCCUAUUAAGAAGGAUCCCCUAAGGCCGAGGCCUACUCUGCCUCCUCAGCAUGGGGAACCUUAUGACUAACCAGGAAUGAAAGGCCUGUUCAGGUUUGUGGCAGACCAUCCACCACGCAAGUGGCGUCACGCUUGGGCGGGCAUCAGAAAUGCUCAUGACUGCUCCAGCCAAGACACGGCCAUACACAUUGUACCAAGUCAAAAAGGAAAAGGCCACAGGCAUAGAUUGGCUGCUUGCUUAGAAGAUUAUAAUGUUCUAGAUUAAAAAAGCAUAGAGGCAUUGAGAUUCAGAAGUAGAUGUACCAUAGGUUAAUGUUCUUUGGUCAAGAGGAUUUUCAUUGUUGCUAUUUCAGUGCUUCUAUUUGUCCACUGUUUCCAUUCCCAUAAUAAACAUAGAAUAUUCCGGGUAUUUUCGUAGAAUUAGAAAAUGUGUAGCAUAGGAUUUCAAUAGAAGAUUUAUAUUAACCAGCCACACUGCCAGUACCUCAUAUUAAUAGAGGUGUUUUGUUGCUUCAUAGUUAAAUAUUGUAGACUGAGGUUUUGUGGUCUCAAGUAAAGAAAAAUAUCAGGGUUUUCACAUGGUACUAUUCUCAGAAAUGUCAGACAUGUUUUUUUAUAACCCUUCCCAUGUAUUGUGUUAUUGUCCAAAGAAUUUAUAUUAUGUUUAGAUUUUAUGGAACAUUGUUUUUGGCAGAAUGAAAAUGUUAAGCCAUUGAAGCAGGAAGACUAAUGUACGGGGCAUUCAAGGGAAAAAACCCUGUAAUUUGAAAUGUUCCAGAUGAAUGCAUAUGGGAAAAACAUGGGGAAGAAAAAAUAUUGACGGAAGCACGAAACCAAUAUCUGAUGUAAUACGAGGUGACUUACAUGAGGAGGCACAGUUGACCUUCAAGGAUGUGUUCAAAAAUUCCACUCCCGAGGAGUGGGAAUGUCUGGACCCUGCCCAGAGGACCUUGUACAAGGACCUGAUGCUGGAGACCCUCAGGAACCCGCUGUCGGUAGGUGUAAAUUCCUCAACUGGAGCCCACAUAUCUCUUAUCUCAGGGAAUGCAAAGGGGAAGAUGACAACAUUCAAGACAUUUAACAUGGAGCCCAUCAGUCUCCUCCCAGAAAAUUACGUUUUAUUAUAUCAUGAGAAACUCUGGGCUGGAAGAAGCACAAGCUGGAAUCAAGAUUGCUGGGCGAAAUGUAUGGGCUCUCUGCCUGUGCUCAGUAGUUGUGACUCCCAAACUCUGGAACACGGAGUUGUGGCCUACAGGCUUAGCUCCUCCAAGCAUACACAGCUUCAACAUCAUCGGCGAGUUCAUACUGGAGAUAAACCAUAUAAAUGUGAUGUGUGUGGAGAGGCCUUUAGUCACAAAGCAAGGCGUACAGUUCAUCAGACCCUUCAGAGUGGAGAGAAACCUUAUACAUGA